AUGGCUGUCGAACGCCUCGGAUCCAUUCUCAAGCACCUCUCCCCGAGCAGCUCGCUCUCUCACAUCACCUCCAAGAAUGCCGACGAUAUCGUCAUUACUCUCGCCCUCCGAACCCCCCUGACGAAGGCGAGGAAGGGUGGGUUGAAGGACAGCAGUCUCGAAUACAUCUCUUUCGCGCUCCUCGAUGAAGUGAGGAAACGGAGCAAUAUCGACCCUGCACUGGUUGAAGACAUCUGCCUUGGAAAUGUUUCCGACGGCAAGGCCGCCUACAAGCUGCGGGCCUCGGCCCUAGCCGCCGGUUUCCCCAACACCACGUCCUGCUCGAGCUUGAACCGUUUCUGCUCCUCUGGCCUCAAGGCUGUUGCCGAUGUCGCCCACGCUAUCAGCAGUGGAUCCAUCGAGGUUGGCAUUGCCAUCGGUGUAGAGCAAAUGACGAUCGGCGGAGACGCUCUUGAGAAGCCCUUCGAUGAGAAGGUCACUAGCCGGUCGCAAGAGGCCGCCGACUGCAUGCAGCCCAUGGGCUGGACGAGUGAGAACGUCAGCCGCGACUUCGGCAUCACCCGCGAGGAGAUGGAUAAAUACGCCGCCGAGAGUUUCCGCCGCGCCGAGCAAGCGCAAAAGGACGGCCUGUUCGACGACGAGAUCGUGCCCAUCAAGACCACCGUCCAGGGCCCCGAUGGUGAGUGGAAGGAAAUCACCGUUUCCAAGGACGACGGUAUCCGGCCCGGCACCACCGCCGAAAGCCUUUCCAAGAUCCGCGUUGCCUUCCCGCAAUGGGGUCCCACCACCACCGGCGGCAACGCCAGCCAGGUUACCGAUGGAGCGGCGGCCGUUCUCCUCAUGAAGCGAUCCAUGGCCAUCAAGCUGGGCCAGCCCAUCAUGGCGAAGUACGUCGGCUCGACCGUGGCCGGCCUGGCGCCGCGCAUCAUGGGCAUCGGCCCGACCGUGGCCAUCCCCAAGCUGCUCGCGCAGCACGGCAUCACGCUCGCCGACAUCGACGUCGUCGAGGUCAACGAGGCCUUCGCUAGCAUGGCCGUCUACUGCCGGGACACCCUCGGCCUGGACUGGGCCAAGAUGAACCCGCGCGGCGGUGCGAUUGCCUUGGGUCACCCGCUCGGCGCCACCGGCGCCCGCCAGAUUGUCACGGGUCUGAGCGAGUGCCGGAAGAACGGCAAGAAGCUCUUGUUGACGAGCAUGUGCAUCGGCACGGGGAUGGGCAUGGCUGGUCUAUUUGUGAACGAACAAUGA